UAUUACGUGACCUGGAAGUACUUCUUUAUUGUCGCUGUGGAGAAGCUUUUAGGAAGUCCUUGAAAAUAUAACACACACAGCCAGAUUAUUUAUCAAAACACAGGGCUACAACCAUGGCAAGAAGAUUAAUAUACCCGCUGUACCAGAUCGGGAACCCCCAACUGAGGAUCUUCCGGCCGCCAUUCUCCCUGACUCUGGUCCGACCAGGGAAGGAGCAGCCUCAGGACACAGUGCAGUUCAGAAUCCCCAUGGAAAUGACCAAAUGUGAUGUGAGGAACUACCUGGAGAAGAUUUACAACGUUCCAGUGGGAGCUGUCCGCACAAGGAUACAAUACUGUACGAAUAAGAAGAGAAACCACCUCAACCAGAAAGUGAAGAGACCAGAUUAUAAAGUGGCCUACGUUCAGCUGGCGCAGCAGCAGACAUUUGAGUUCCCUGACAUCUUCACAGAGAAGGAUGUGAAGUCAGCCGAGGGCUCGGUGGAGGAGAUGCAGGAGAAGUUCAUGGAGGAUGAGAAACAGAGGCAGAAACCGGACCUUCGCAGGGGAGGGGUCACAGAGUGGUUCGGGCUCUAGAGAGAGAGUUUGUGUGUUAGGAGAUAUGCACUGCUGGUGUGUGGGUUUGUUUGUGAGAGAGUGUUAAUAUUGUGUGUCAUCAUGUACAGAUUUUUAUCUGCAACAAGUGCGUUUGGUGGAAACACCACAGAUGGGUAAAUUUGCAUAUUUUCUUUAUGCAGAUUUUAGAAUAUUCGUAUGAAAAUCUGUCGCCAAUUGGAUGGAAACCUAGCUACUGUCAUUGUAAGAAUGGAACAUGUGACCAAUAGCUGUUCAGACAUAAUAUUAAUUGGUGAAAUAAAACAGAAAAUAAUUAAAAUACAGUUUUUCAACAUUUGAGACGUUCUCUAUUGUCAGGUAACACCACUUAUACCAGUGUUGACCGACCCUCGGCCUGGAGAACUGAUGGGUAUCCAGGAUUUUGCUCUGAACCUGCUCUAACACACCCGAUUCAACAAGCCACUCUUUUGAUGAGAGUAGCUGAAUCCUGCUGAUUAACUGUCAAAUCAGUUGUGUCAGAGCAGAGCUAGAACAAAACCCUGCACCCCCAGUAGUUUUCAAACAGGAGGGUUGUCCACCUCUCCCUGACGGAGAAGGCUACUGUGUGGGAAUGUGUUUUCAGUUCACCGCAAUAUGUCUGUGUGAGUGUUUUACUGUGAACUACUGUACAAGGAAAAGCUAAUAAAAAGUAACUUGUCAACC